GCCGCGCAAAACGACAAACAUGUUAGAGACCAGAAGGCACCAAUUAUAAAGAGCAUUUGUUUUGUCAAAGGGCGUAAAGGAAUCGACGCUUCACAGAGAGACAAAUCGUGCCAGUCUGUAUCGUGUUUCGUCGGUCGUCGCUACAGAUGCCGAGAGGCCGUGUCAUUUGACGGCUUGCGCCCUGGCUGAGACAAGAUUGAGACCACUCGCUGAAGUUCGCGACUAAUGGCAUGGAACAUCAUUAUUUUCUGUAGCCGGGAGAGUAUGCUACGGCAUCCAAAACAAACGUUAAGACGAACGGUGUGGACAGACAAGCGGUUCUCCACCAGCCUUCCCGCCGUUAUGUGCAGUGUCUGACGCCGACUUCCAAGCACCCUCGGUCGCCGCCGUCAUUAUCCACGGAUGUGACUGGAUUACAUGGACUCCUCCUCAUCGUUCCGCGCAAUUAAUGUGUCUGUUUUAGCUAAAGACACCGGAGGACUCACAGAGUUUGUAGCAUAUUCCCCUCUGCCAAUCGUUAACUCCCACGUCACCCGAGCAACGACCUCCAGUCGCUCGUAUGAAACUACCCUGGGGACCUAAAUCCUGCACCCUUGAAGCGCCAGGCAACGCGACCGCGUGAAAAUGAGAAGGCUGCUGCUUUCACCUGUUGGUUUCGUCAUUGUCCUGGCUACACUGUUAGAAUGUCACCCGCCCGAUCGGUGUGUUGCUCAUCAUGGCAGCAGCACUGAUGAAUCGAACGUGUGGUCUCCUCGAGGGGCCCAAUUUGUACCCGGGGCGUCAGAGGCCGCUGUAAAAAAUCAGGUUGGUAUUCCUGACAGUGCCCUUCUGUGGCCGUCGCAAGAUGCUACGGAAACCGGGCUGCGGCCUACGGAGCAAGUAGAGGCACGAUCGUCAUUUCCUGCUGCAAAGCAAUAUUUAUCAGAGGCGGCACCUGCGCGUGGCGACCUUCCACCGCGCGCCACAGGCCUUCUGAGACGUCGAGGAGCUAGAGUGCGAACGGUGAAAGCUCACGAGAUCGUUGUGGAGACUCCAAAAACGUAUGGCUGGGAUCACAGGGUUGUCGACAGUGAGGAGCAGACCACGGUGCCCGUUGCAGAUUCAAGUGGCUUCAUUCAAAUCCCCUCUUCGCGCGCCACGCCUACCACCCUGAACGCUCCGAUUGACCUCCAGGGACGGCGCGAUAUCAGAAACAUCGUCAGGAAUCGACCUCCCGCCGACUCAGAUUUAUCGCCUAGCGAGAUUGCAGCCAAAAACGGAUUCGAGCGAAGAUUUGUCCAGGGUUUACAACUGAAGGUUGAGUCAUUAUUUAGCGGAGGUGUUUUCACGUUGACAGGACCGGCGCAGUUCCUGGGAAUUGGGUCAACGGCAAUUGUGUAUAGUUUGAAUAAGGUGCAAGCGGACACAGCAAGUGCGCCAGAACGGGUGGCGGCCAAGAUAAGCGUCAGGAAUCUAAAUUCUCUAAGAGACGCUUCUGCGUCUGAGAGACAACAGGUGCUAGAUCAGGCUCCAGAACGCUUUGUCUCAAGCGAAGGCGCAGUGAGGAACCUUCUGCCAGGCGUGACACCAGAAACGGCUCUGGAACAAGGAAUUCUGCUACCGCUAGAUAUUUGCCGCGUUACUAACAUGCCGUCUAAUUUUCGUGCUGGCCCGGACUGGAACGUGUUUCCCCGUGUUGCUUUAUUCCCUGUCCUCACUUGCGAUCUUUUUCUUGUCGUUGAGAGCGGUCUGUCACGUGCUGCGAAGUUGCAUCUUACGCGGCAGCUGGUGGUGUCUGUUGCGUGGCUGCAUCGUAAUGGCGUCGCUCACAAUGACUUGAAGCUUGAGAAUGUCUUUCUCAGUGAAGAAGGGAAGGCUGUUAUUGGCGACUUUGGUUUCGCAGCGGAAGUUGGGACCUCAACAAGACUCCAAUCAACCCCUACCUUUCUAGACCCGCAAACCGCGGAAGAAUCUCUUCAACGGAAAACGGAAACGGUCGUGACUGAGGAAAGAGAUGCAUGGGCUCUGGGAACUAUGAUAUUUUUGAUUUGGUGCGGAUCUUACCCGUUCUUUUCUUUCGAAGAGGCUGUCCUUCCUCUUGCAGCGUUGUUGCAAAAUGUGGUGUUUAAGUCAAAGACCACUAGACCUGCACCUCCACUUCAGCAUUGUAAGGGGAUGCCAUCUCCAGUGAAAGCCCUCAUAACCGGCUUUCUCCAGUGGAACUCUGACGAUCGACGCCGCCCUCGUGAUGUCGUUGAAGGAUUCCUCGCCGCUACAGCCUCGGAACCAGCGACCUCUUCGGCGACUGCGGCAGAAGGAAGCGUCAGGCCGCGCGCAUCCAGAUCUCAGUGACAGUGAUCUAAAGAACAAACCACUGGAGCCACCACUCCAGCAACAAACAUUCAACAAAACGGUGCCGCCCAGUCGAGUUCCUCAACUGAGAAUGAAACAGUGCAGUUGCCGCUAUGAAGACCAGGUGUGGCUCGCAAGGAUGUAAACAGCGGGGCCUAGUUCUUCAUCAAUCAGAGAUCAUCCGUGAUCGGUAUGGCAAUAUACAGUAUGCUUGAAUUCAACGGGAAAGUGCAGUGGUUCUAGAAACGCCGUUUAACCAAGAGACAGGAGUGGUGGGAACGCUCGGAGUCGCUUGCAGCGCGAAAUCAGUUUUGUUGAGCUCUGUUUCGAUGAAUCGCGUACGACAAUGAAAGGGGAAGUUGUGUGUGCCUUCCGAAAGCGUUGAGUUCACCGUGGAAAUAUGCGUCGGUGUGCAGUAUGCAAAAUGCGAAUGGGCGGAUGAAGCGCGAAGGUAGUCUGCCCAAAUGUGUCUCUUCCGG